UGCAAUGGAGGGUUUUAUUUCCAGUCGGGCACUAAAUCAGUCAUUUUAAUGAUCAACACCUUCAACUUGAGGGGAGGAGCUCAUCAAUUAAGUCACCUGCUGGAGAGAAAACCGGAAGUGCUUCGGCCCCUCCAGUGACACGUGGGCUAGAUCGAUAACAAGGAGUCAGUACUAAACACUGCUCCAAUGGGUGACAAGAUGGCUUUCUUUGCUAGUCAGGUGAGCGAAGUCCUUCCCAUAUCUGGUACUUAAUGUGACCCUUAAUGCAACUUCGAGUUUGCUUGUCGUUUGGUACCCAAAGUGUCGAUAGUCCAGUUUCGAUCAAUGCCCCGCCCCCAGCUGUUGUUAUGCUAACGAGAACGUGCCAUUCUGAUCACGUGGUCUGACAAAUGCAAUUGAAAUGGUGUGACGUCAUUGAAACGUUGGGGGCUAAUAUCGAAUACAUCGCCAAUGUAGCGUUCAAUUUCUAAACAAUAACUUGCAAAUAAAACGAUGUGUGACGUUAUUGAAACGUUUGGGGCUAAUAUCAAAUACAUCCCGUCAAUGUAGCGUUCAAUUACUAAACAAUAACUUGCAAAUAAAACAACUUUUGAAAAAAACGAAACAGCCUCCUUCAGGAAGUGUUUUGAAGAUUUGGUGGAGUUAUACUGACACCUUGUGGUCAUGCUUCGUACGUGCAACUCGGAAGGGAAAAACAGCUGUAAACAACUUUUAAAGCGUCGCAUAAAUACAUAAUAUACACUAUAAAUACGUUCUACAUACAUCGGAAAGCAUUGUACGGUUUUAAAGCGUAGCAUAAACACAUCAUGACAACAAAUACAUCAUAUAUACAUUCAUAGUAUCACUAUCAUCACUAUGACAGUUUAGCAUUAAAGUCAUUCAACUACAUGGUGAAAGCGAACGAAUGAAUGAACGAAUGAAUUCGAUGAUGUGCCUUUAGAAAGGACAAAAGUGAAGAGGAAACAGGAAGUGAACGAGGACAGGAAGAGAGGAAUGAAAUGGGACAUUUUGGACACAGUAAAGUAAGUACAAGAAGAAGUAGUGCAGGUCCAAAUAUAACACUUGUUGACUUCAAGAGGUCCUGGGCAUACUAGUUAGUACUGGCGUGCACGCCUCUCAACACGAGCUGGCACUGCGGGGACGCGCGCCGGGGCGUCACGUGACCCUCGCCAGAAGGCGGAAGUCUUUGAUCGGGACGCACGGCUCAGCGGUGGACGAGCAAGGUUUCCCUGCUCACUCAAGCUGGACGGGACCACGCCCCCUCCGGUGGGAUGACGUCACGUAUUGACCCACACGGUUCCACUGUGGCUCAAUAAUCUUAGCUUCGUGACUCGGCUGAUGGACGUGGACGUUUGGUAGAAGUCGCGCGUCAGACAUGGCCGACUGUUGCCCAGCAGAACCGGAAGCCACAGAUAGCCGGACUGCGAGCCCGUUGGCGACCAAGAGCCGCUACAAGAACCCUGCUUUGGGUCACAGCUUCAGGAGGGUCACGCUGACCAAACCGACGUACUGUCACCACUGCAGCGACUUCCUGUGGGGACUGCUCGGCUUCCUGUGUGAAGUGUGUAACUUCAUGUGUCAUGAGAAAUGUCUGAAGACACUGCGGUCGCUGUGCUCUAGCAUGGCACCCUCUGCUGUGCAGGUCCCCGUGGCUCAUUGCUUCGGCCCGGACACGGGCAAGAGGCGCAUGUGCUGCGUGUGCAGGAAGCAGACGGAGGGAAACGCUGCGCUUCGUUGUGAAGUGUGCGAGCUUCACGUUCACAGCGACUGCGCCAUCUUCACCUGCGCCGACUGUCGUGUUUGUCACACGGAGGGGACUCGGGAGCAGGACACGUUUCACCACCACUGGAGGGAGGGCAAUCUGGCGUCCAGCGCCAGGUGCGAGGUGUGUCGGCGGUCCUGUGGCUCGUCUGAUGUCUUGUCAGGGAUGAGGUGCGAGUGGUGCAACGUCACGUGUCACGCAGCGUGUUACCUCAGUGUAACGCCAGAGUGCACCAUGGGACGUCUGCGCGGCAUGAUGCUGCACCCAUCCUGCAUCCGCCUCCUCUCCAGAAACUUCAGCAAGAUGCACUGCUACCGAAUCACGGAGGACAACGGCGGCGGCCAUGAUCUCGAUGAUGGCGGCGAUGGCGACCCGUCUGCUGUGGCGUCUAAAGACAGUCAACCCGACUACGGCAAACAACUAAAAGUCUUUGACGGCGACGACGCCCUCAAACGGGGUCACUUCCGCCUUGUGUCCAUCGUCAGAGCCACCAGAAACGAGGAAGUUCUGGGGGCAGCGCUGAACGCCUUCUACCUGCCAGAUGAGCCCCAGGACUACCAGCUGCAGGAAGUGGGUGGCCUUCAGCGUCUCCACAGCGACGAUGUCCUGAACAGGAACAGCGGUCCUGACAACCGGAAUUCCCUGAAGGACGGCGGUGACGCCUGGCUGCUGAGGCACAAAGGUUGCAACACUGAGGUCAUCAAGGUGUACAGGAGCCGGCCCAGGUCUGGAAAGGAUUACAUCACCGUGUCUGUGUCUGAGGGGAGCACUGCUGAGUCCGUCCUCGCCGAAGUCAGCAAGCAGUUGGGGGUCCAGGGAGACGACAUGACGGAAUGUGACCUACAGGAAGUGUUCAUGAGCAGCAAGCAAGUGCAGAAACAGACGCUGACGCCGCAGGAGAAGCUCCUGGAUAAGCUGCAGGAGAUUCGGAAGGCGUCGCUGCGGCAGAUGAACCAGACGCGCUUCUACGUCGUGAAGAGGCGGAACCAAGCGGUGCAGGUGAGCCUGCUGAUUGGAGGGCUGCCCCCAAUGCUGACCAGGGAGCAAUACUGGCAGCUGAUCCAGGAUCAUCUGACCACCAAGAGUCACCUGGUGUCCAUCAGUCAUGUGUACGCCAGCCAAGGCGCCGUGGCACUGCAGAUGUCGUGUUUCUCCGAGGCAGAGCGCGUCUUCAUGUUGGCCAAGGACACGAGCGUCGACAGCAAGUCGCUCUGGUCGCUCGUCAUCCCGGACAUCGUGCACAACCAGAUCAGCGAGGACGUGCGCCCCCUGCUGGUGUUGGUCAACCCGAAGAGCGGCGGCCUCAAAGGCAGAGAACUUCUCUACAGCUUCCGGAAGCUUCUUAACCCACAUCAGGUUUUUGACAUCUCCAAUGGAGGACCGCUGGCAGGCCUCCACACAUUCCGGGAUCUUCCAAGGUUCCGCAUGCUGGUGUGCGGGGGGGACGGCACAGUGGGCUGGGUGCUCGGGGUGCUGGAGGCGGUCCGCCAUAAACUGGCGUGCCGGGAGCCACCCGUCGGAAUCGUCCCGCUGGGAACAGGUAAUGACCUGGCUCGAAUCCUGCGCUGGGGGCCUGGUUACAGCGGCGAGGAGGCCGCCCACAUUCUCGCCUGUGUGGAGGAGGCCGAGGAGGUUCUGAUGGACCGCUGGACCAUCCUGCUGGACGCGCAGGACAUCGCUGAAGACGGGAAGGAGAACUUCCUGGAACCGCCAAAGAUCGUCCACAUGAACAAUUACUUCGGAGUCGGCAUUGACGCUGAGCUGAGUCUGGACUUCCACCUGGCCCGUGAAGACGACCCGGACAAGUUCACCAGCAGAUUCCACAACAAGAGCGUGUAUGUGAAGGUUGGCCUUCAGAAGAUCAGCGCCACCAGGAGUCUACACAGGGAACUGCAGCUGCAUGUGGACGGCCGACUCGUGCCGCUGCCCAACAUUGAGGGUCUCAUCUUCCUCAACAUCCCCAGCUGGGGCUCCGGUGCUGACCUGUGGGGGUCUGAGGUGGACGCUCGCUACAGGAAGCCAAGCAUCAACGACGGCAUGCUGGAGGUGGUCGGGGUGACGGGGGUGGUGCACAUGGGUCAGGUGCAGAGUGGGUUGCGUUCAGGCUUUCGGAUUGCUCAGGGGACUUACAUGCGUGUGACGCUGAAGAAGGCCUUCCCGGUACAAGUAGACGGAGAACCUUGGCUCCAGCCUCCAGGUCACAUCAUCAUCUCAGCUGCUGGACCAAAGGUUCGCAUGUUGCGGAAGUCCAAACACAAACAGAAGAAGUCGGCGAGCGGCACCAAAAACGGCCGCUCUGAAAGCUGCGCCCCGUCAGACGGCGGCGUUCAGGCGUGAAAGCGGUGCUGACCCAGAAGGCGGGACACCAUGGAGGUAUAACCAGGAAGUAUGUAACGCAUGCGACGUCUCUACAGACACGCCGAUUUUGGCGGUGAUGUCGCGUUACCGCGGCGAUGAUCCAAGUUCAUCCAGGUGUUGCCGUAACCUGCUGCUGAUGUAUUUUACUUGACGCCAAUGACCACAACUUACUCAAGUGUCCAAGGCACGUUAUCUUACAUGUCUUUUUUUUUUUUUUUACAGUAGCUAAACUGCCGAUGCUAAUCUUUCUGAACGAGACCAAGUCACAGCUGAGAGUAGCUAAUGUUAGCCUAGCCUAUGAGUUAAUGUACUUGAAAACUGUGUUGUUUACAUGACAGCUACACUAUGAUGUUUAGCUUAGCGUGUUAGCCAAGUGGUUUUAGAAACCGCUGUCCAAAGUCAAAGGGAGAAAAACAACAUUUGACAUGACAAUAAUAACACAUAUCUAUUUUUUACAUGAUAAAAUAUCUUCACUUCUCUGUCUAGUGCUUCAAAAAGUUUAAUAAGUGAAGAGGGUUUCUUUAAGGCCUUUACAGGAAGUUUGUCAGCGAUACUUCCUGUACGCAUCUUGUGUGUGUAAAAAUGAUUUCUUUCAAGUGCAGUAACGUCUUCCCGUGCUUUUUCCCCUGCCAACACUGAGAGUCAGCUCACUGAUCACAUGACCAGUCGCCAAGGUUGCGUGACAUCACAUGUGGUGCUGUGUGGCCCGUUUUAAACGUGACAAGUGGUGCUGCUAAUGCUAAACGUCUUUAGCGUGUAGCCUGACCUGCUGCUUUGGUGUAAAAAGUGUUUUUUAGUGGUGCUUUGAUGACGUGCUCCUCUUAACGUGCCUCCAGACGUCUAACGUGGGAUGUAACGUGACUUGUGCCAAGUGUCGGUUGCACUAAAUGUUUCACAGAUGUUUGGGUAUAUGUCUGUAUAGAUAUAGAAAUGUACACGUACACUGACAUUGCCAAUAAAGUUCACAUACAAAC